UAUCACCGCCUGCUAAGUCCGGAGACCGACGGCAUCACGCAGUAUUGCAGCAUUCCCAACCAUUCUCCAUGAGACUUGAGACACGCAGCAGUGGCGGCGAGGGGUGUGGCGCCGCCAUGGCGUGUUGUGCGGUUCGAGGCCACUCCUCGAUCCCACUUCCCUGGCGCCCAGUUGCGGCCCUGCUCUGUGCGCUUGCGCCCUCGCAGUCGCUGCGUCUCUGGCGGCUCUGUCGCUUCUCGCAACUCAUACCCUGCACAAACUGCAGCUGCAAAUCGUUCACAUGGCCUGCUCUUGCCAUUUACUGCCGAUGCAUCACGGGUAGUAACCACGGUUCAGUGAUCGUGGUGGGAUGAUUGGCCACCUCGCCGAAGGCGUUGGGUAAAUAGAUGAUGAGGCGCGGAGUGUGACGGGGAUGAACUGGGGCAUGGGGGCGCCGAGGAUAGGAUGGUAUGGAGGAGAGUGGGGGUGGUGGCGCGCGGCAUCGCUCAAAGGAGUAUUGAAAGUCGAAAGCCGAGAUGGACGGUUCAACAGGUCGAACACAACAAGCACAGUGAUGACAACGAGCCAGAACGUGGAGCGGCGCCGUGACCAUUGUUGCACUGCCCCGCAUCACAUCAGCCGACCAUUGCGUCGAGGAGCAGGGUGUGAGUCCAACUCCGACGUCGUCGGCGGCUGCAUUCAAUCAUCUCAUCGCGUCGCAUGGCCCUGCAUUAUCAAGCGUUCAGGCGGCUCUCCAAUGUCCACAUCGGGCCGCGGCGGAGAUGGCUUUCCUUGUCCUGAGCAACAGCUUCAUAGGAGCUAUUUCGAGUCGACUUCCAGACCAGCCUGGCGUUCUUCCAGGCCUGCCAAAACCAUAUGUAGAUCGGCAUCUGUCGAGGCAGAGGAAGCGUUCACACGUCUGAGGCGAGCGCCUACGUCGCAUUGUUCGAUGAGAACUCGGGAUGAGAAGCUAUUGCUAUGUGAACAAAGCGUUUACUGGUCGUGGGUACACCAGGCCUGUCACCCGGGCCUGGCAUGUGCGUGCCGGUAUGGUAUCGUUGUCAGCGAUGGGAAGCGGGCAAAGCUUCGUCUCCAGUUCCAUGCUGAAAUCAACAUCGGGAGCUCCUCCUUCAAUGAUCAAUGAUCACGCGACUCUCGCGACGUCCGGUGGCCUCCAUCGAUGCCAACACGUCUUUGUCAAGAUGUUGAGCAACUGUGAGAGGUGGGAGUUCGCAGUGGGGCCUUAAUAGUGUGAGAUGGUGUGCGGUGAUGAGAUCGUGGGAGCGCGAGAUUGUGCGGAAAUCCUGCCUGGAAGAGGCACAACAAAGGCUCUCGGCGUCGAGUCGGGGACGGGCG